AUGGCACCAGCGCUGCUAUUUGAUGAGAACGGCACUUCCAGUCCAGCAUCCGAGAGCAGCAUCUCAUUAUCAGCCAUGGAUGAAGUCCCUGCACUGACCAUUUCUCAAAACCGCCGAAGCCGUCGAAACCGCAAUAGUCUUCGCAGUCCUUUACUCAAACGCAGUGCGAGGGGUCCUCCACUAAUACUGGAAGAGGCUAAGGGAAAUUGGCUGUCAGUCUCGGACGAAACGAAGGCCUGGAGGAUUUUUGACGCUUCUGGGGGUGCCGCUGUAUCGAACAUUGGUCACAAGGACCAAAGAGUAUAUGAGGCUAUCAGACAGCAAGAAGAAACUGGUGUCGGAUACGCCGCAUCGAUGAGCUUCCAAACUGAAGUUGCAGAGGAUUUUGCAGAUUUCCUUCUUGAAUCAACUGACGAUAAGAUGACUGAGGUGGUUUUCUAUGGAUCUGGUUCUGAGGCUAAUGAGGCAGCUCAAAAGCUAGCUUACCAAUAUCACUCCAAACUGAAGGAUAGCCCGCAACCCCAGCGCCGUUGGUUUAUUGCCCGCGAUCGAUCCUAUCACGGGGCGACGCUCGGUGCUCUUGAGGGCAGUGGGCACAAGGGCCGCAAGGACAUGUACAAGCCUAUUCUACCGGAGAAGACUCAGUUCAUAUCGCCUUGCAAUCCUUGUCGCGAUAUGAUCAAGGGAGAAACGACAGCUCAGUAUGUUAAGCGGCUUCAAGACGAGUUGGAGCGCAAGAUACUUGAUCUUGGCCCUGAGACAGUAGCCGGCUUCGUCAUGGAGCCUGUAGUUGGCGCGGCACUUGGAUGCGUUCCCGCAUUACCCGGAUAUCUUUCGGCCAUGAAGGGCGUAUGCAAACAGUACGGGGUACUCUUCAUUCUGGAUGAGGUCAUGAGUGGCAUGGGCCGCACCGGCUAUAUGCAUGCCUGGCAAGAUGAGGAUGUCGUUCCAGACAUCCAAUUGGUAGGCAAGGGACUUGCAGGCGGUUACGCAGCCAUAUCCGCGAUGCUCGUGGGACCAGUGAUAACGGAUGCUCUUGGAGAAGCUGCCUUCGCCCACGGUCAUACCUUCCAGAACUUUCCCGCAGCAUGCGCUGCUGGUCUUGCAGUGCAACAAAUCGUUCGAGAUGACAACCUUCUAGAGAAUGUUAGAGACAAAGGGAAUAAGCUGAUGAAGAAAUUGAUGACUCGUCUGAGUGAUCACCCCAAUGUAUUUGACAUCCGAGGUAAAGGUCUGUUUCUGGGGAUCGAGUUUGUGCAAGAUAAGAAGACCAAGGCACCAUUUGACCCUGAAGUGGCAGUGGCCUGGCGGGUCCAUGAGCUAGGGCUGAAAGAUGGAUAUAACGUCUAUAUGUAUCCAGGAUCCGGUACAGUUGACGGCAAUCGUGGAGAUCACGUCAUCAUCGCCCCUGCAUACAACAUCGCCGACAGUGACGUCGAAUUUAUCGUCGACCGUGUCAGUAAGACAGUCUUCGACUUCUUCGAGGAACUCAGCAUCGCCCCGAAGUUGUAA